AUGAGUAAUCAUCUUUCUUGCGCUCUCCUUAUAUUCUUUCUUGCCUUAUCGGCGGCGUCAUCGUCUUCCCAUGCCGCCAUCAACUGGGGUGGAGCGAUGUUUCCGAGCAUGGUCCGUUAUCGAAGUCUCGGUGCGACCCAAACGUGUGACGGCGUCUCCGGUGAGUGCAAAGAAUAUGUGGAUGAAUCCCUUUCGGCCGAAACUGCUCGAUCGUUAGCCGGAAAAAGAUACAUUAGCUACAGCGCCUUAAGGCAGAAUGCCGUUCCGUGCAACCAACGAGGCCAAUCCUACUACAACUGCGGCGCUGCCGGAGGGGUUAAUCCUUACACUAGAGGGUGCAGUGUCAUAACCCUCUGCGCUCGGGUCACCGAUUAA